AUGUACUCCAGGUUUCGACAACUGCUCGCCUAUGAAAGGAUUGUCGUGAGGGCCUUCACUUCGGCUCACACUGUGACUACAAUUCGUUGUAACAGCUUGUGCGACGAGCAUAAGGCGGCUAGAAAAAGCCUGCCCGAGUCAAAUCCUAUGUCGCAUUCUGGAGACCAGAAAAAUGAGCAGAAGAUCAAUUCACUAAAUGGUACUUCUCUAACCAUUUUUUGGCAUGAAUUUACUUCAUCCAAUUUAGACUGCCCGUAA